GGGAGCUUCUGUUUCACUGGCGCGCCCACUAUGACGAUCGCCUACAGCUGCAUUGCUAAUGGCCGAAUGGUCUUAGCGGAGUUGGCCCUGACCGGCGGCUCCUAUCAGGAAGCAGCGUCAACAGUGCUUAGACUAGUGCUUCUUAGAGCUGAACCAAAGACCGUAAUUCAAAUGGGAAGCUUCGUCUACCAUACUCUCUUUAUUGAUGGAAUCACUUACCUAUGUGCCUCAGACAAUGCCCUGGAUACUGUAACACCAUCUGCAUUUCUCAAAAAUGUAAAAUACAAUAAAAAACAAGAUAACAGCUCUAUAUCCACCCUGAGGAGUCAAGUAACUGAUGUAAAAAAUGCUAUGACCCAAAAUAUUGAUAAAAUUUUGGAGAGCGAAGAAAGAUCAAAUAUCUUCCCCGACAGUACAGAUGAUCUUCAAACAGCUGUCAAAGAAUCCCAAAAAACAAGACAGAUUCUUAGGAGGAUAUGGUGGAAACACUUCAAAAAGAUUAUAAUCAUCACUGUGGCAAUUCUCCUUUCAAUCAUCAUCAUUCUUUUAACUACAAAUGUAAUACCAAUCUGACCUUUCUUCUCCCCAUCCCCAGCAGGUACCAAUAAAUUGUUAUAUGUAAUUAUAGAGUUCUACAGCAAGCAAUUAUGAAAGCAUUCUCUAGUGGUAGGAAGACUGGAGAAAGAAGGGUUGGAAGUAUUUCCUUGUCCCUUCAGAGUCCCUUGACUCUUGUCUUUGUACCUCUUCCAUUUCUGUAAUCUCUUUUUUUUCCACUGCUCCACCACUUCCCCAGCCUCUCUUCCCUUUGUUAAGUUUAAGAACCCAAACCCUAGAAUCAGACUGCCAAGGUUCAACUCUCUGCUCUGCCGAGUACCAUCUAUGAGACAUUGGACAAGUUAGUUAACCUGUGCCCGUUUCCUCAUCUGUAAAAUGGAGCUAACAAUAUACUGCAGAGUUGUUGUUAUAUGUCUAUCACAUAGUAAAUGCUACUUAAGUGUUAACUAUUACUUAAUAGAAAAAGAUGACAGCAUUAUGGCAUUGAUUAAAUCCCUGUCAUCUUACUCCUUACUCAGAAACGACCAUGACCUUAAAAUUCCCUUAGAAAUAUGAGAAUCUUAACAUGAGUACAGUCCAGAAAUACACAUUCACCUAUUCCACAUAUUCAUUGGAAAUGAAAAUUCAAACCAUUGUAUUUUAUACUAGGCAUUUCCUUGGAUAAAGAUCAAACAAUCAGGAAGCUGCAUCAUUUCUCUAAUAGAUCACAGGUCCUGUCUUCCUCUCUUACCACUCCAACAGCCUUUUGUUUUGAGUGAUACACUUCACCCAAUAACCUCAAAUCACUAAGAUUUCCAAUAGCCAAAGCAUCUAACUUCACUCUGCAGUUGGAAACAAGGUUUCAUGAAUUCUAUUUCCUAAGUGGGAACUUGAGGUCUAAAGUCAGUUUUAAAAAUCAUUUAGUGAUGCAUGGGGAAGAAUAAAAGAUUAGAACUGGGGUUCCUGGCUCCUAGAUAACUCAUUUUAAUUCUGAUAAUGAUGACAUAACAGUAUUUUAAACCGGCACCAAUUCCUCCAGCACAAUAUCACCUUUCCAUUCACAAAAUAUUUUUUAAAGGAUUUUAAAUGUUAGAAACUUUGGAGUUUCUAUAAUUUAUACCCAGGAAACAAGUAAGUGAUGUAUUGAAUACUUACUCUGAUACAAUGUACUAAAUGCUUUGGGGGAGGGGUGUCUCAUUUAAUUUUACAAGACAUGAAGAGGUAAAAACUAUUAAGUUAGUAUAAUGCAAAGCACAGAAAACAGUGGCUGCCACAUUCUAAGUGCUACAUAAAUGUUAGUUCAUUUUACUGAUUCAAGUCCUGACUCUGGUAUAUAGUCAUGAAACCCGUAUGUUAAACUCAAGAGUCUAUCAUCUGACCCCUUAAUUAUGGGCCAGACAAGACAUAUCAAUACUGUUUUGCUUUUUGCCAGGUUAGUAUGUUGUUUCUGGGGGACA